AUGGCUAGGGAGGAAGAGGUAUUUGAUUUUUCCUCUAAAGAGUUUACCAAGGAAGAUUUGGUCACUGCUCUCAAUGACAUGGUCAUUGAGUUCAAGAACCUAUCUGCCAUUGUACCGACCCGGCUAAGUGUUCACACUAAUGAACUGAGUAACUUCCAAACCGGUGAAUCAAGUGAAACUAAGACCGAUGAAUCGACUGAACUAUCCUAUGAGAAUGAGAAGCUCAAGGAGAUAGUUCAAUCGCUGACCGAAGAAAAUGAAAGAUCUAAGUAUGUCAUGGCUGCUUGGAAAAAAUCCAGUGAAGCCGUAAGCCAAAUUUCUACCUACCAAAGACAUCCCAAAUGCAAGUUUGGAAUUGGAUACAAAGGCGGUAAAUCGGAUAACCAUAAACAUUCCAAAGAGUUGAAUCUCAACAAGAACAAGCUUCCGUUCAUAAGCUUUGUUAAGAGUAGCUCAAUCGAUACUGAGGCAGAUCAUGGCCUACCACUAACUAAGGAAAUUAAUUAUGCGGUUAAUGCUGAAACUCAGCCGGAUCAAGAUGCCCCACAGCAGGAAGUUGACAACUCAGAGUUUACUGAGGAAAUUGGUUGGCUUGACUAUGCACUAAGAGAGAGGGAACCAAAAGAAACCGAACCGAAGGCUAAGAAGCCUAAAGUUAAAGAAACCAAGGGAAAGGCAAAGAAAGAAAAGAAGCAGGUGGCUGAAAAAUCGGUUAGUCAGUCAACCGACACUGAAAGAACACCCAUUGUGAUACCCUCCGGGUCGGCAAACCGUGCGGCCUCUCCUAACCCCAAUCCGACUGAGGAGGUUCCUAUUUCCAAACCGGCUGAUGAAGUUCAGAAUCAAGGAGAACAUGCUCAACAACCAGAAAAUACUCAUAAUCCGGAAAGCCUUACUCGUGCAGAGUCGUCGGCUAGUGCAACCGGCCGAUCUUAA